GGACCGUAUUCCAGGCAGUGCUGUACAAGCAGGCAGCUGCUGCUGAUCGGCCAGUGCGGAAUCCACGCCAUUCAGAUUCGUGACAUCAGCUAAUCCCUCAACCUGUCCCGCCCAGCCGGUGAGGUUCAUCCCCUCCAUUCCAUCGAUUCAUCCCAUUUCAGCUGCAUCAUCGGCUCCCCCCCUGUCUUUUCUGAGCCAAUAGUAUGGUACCGAAAGCUGCCAUCUGCCUUUUGGUCAGUGCCGUCUGGGCCCUUCACGUUUGUCCCGCUGUCGCCAGCCUCGAGGAUGGCUCUGUGUCUCCUCCCGGGGCUCACCAACACAGAGGCCCAGCAGGUGGAGUCAAGUCCAGAUGUGCUCUCUCUCAGCGCAUGUGCAGUGUCUUUUGUCCUGUGCAGAAAUCAAUAAGGACAAGGGCGACGAGCACAUUCCUCAUGCCGUCACGCUUCACGAGCGAGAGGCAACACAGACGCUGAAUCACACCCGUAAAGCGGCUGAAAUGAUACAGCAGACUCACGGUAGGUACGCGCGUAUGCCACAUUGAGUCGGCGAAUAUAUCCGUACGCGCCUUCAGCGUCUAAGCAUGAGUCUGAGGCGACCGCCCCCCAUCCCGCAGCCAUGAAGGUCGACGUCGACAUCCUCACGGAAACAUCCGGUGGCCCCCUCACACAGGAGCGCGUGCAGGCCGCCUUCUGUGUUUCAACCCCAGCAGCGGCAGGGCCAACUGGAUCGAGCUGCUCACGCGGCUGCGUGCACUUCCACGCACGCUGGUCUUGUUCCACACGUUGAGGCCCUGGGGAUGCAGAUACGCGGAUCAAUCGAUCGACAAAGUGGUAAUGCAAUGGAGUCAGUGGAGGAGACCGAUCCUGUGUGGGUGGGUACCUUGGUGUGUCUAGGACCUGUAUGAGUUGCUCCGGGCAUUCUUCCAGACGUGCGAAUGGCAGGCCAACAUCCUCCAGGGGCUGCUCAUGGCCGGGGUACAGACACAUUGAUGACUCACAAGGGCGCAUGUUCCAAAUCUCUGUGUUUUGGCAGAAGAAGAAUGUGGAGAACUGCCCCUGCAAGGAGACACGGUCUGACGACGACCAUUUGCGAGACAUGAGCUGGCCCGACUACAAGGCCUGCUGGGAGUCAGACAAGGCAUCCAAAUGCAGUACAGACCCAAUGAAGAAAGCCUGCGUCCGCCGUGUCUCACUGUCUGUUGGUGCAGGUUGUGUGAUGCAGGAGGUGGAGACGGAGCUGAAGCGCAUCCCCGAGGCGACUUUCUUCUACAAGUGCAUCACUCUGCAGCCCAAGGAGAGCAUCCUCUGGUCAAUCGCCAACAUACAGGAUGAGAUCCUCGAAGGCAUCGACCACCUUACAGAGCACGGCGGAGCGUCGGCCUUCAUCGACAUGGGAGAGCAUGUCAACGCCAGCAGCCUUGAUACACACAUCACGGACCUGCAAAGUAUGGUACGGCGAUUUGGUAACUAACGGAAACGCAGUGGGUGGCUAAAUGUAUUGUCUGCUUGUGUGCGGCAGACCAACGACACGGAGUUCAUGUCGCUGCUGCAAGAGGCCGAGGGCAAUCCAGACAACCAACACAUCACCGUUCCAAAAUACAUCAGCAAAGCGGUGAACAGAUCGAACCCACCGAUUGUGUCUCCCUCCGACCCUGUUUGGCUGGCCGCGAUAAUGCAGGCCUUCUUCAGCUUCUUCAUGAAGCUGAUGCCCUACCUGCCCACAGAGCACCCCGGCCACACAGAGGGCGGCGGCGAACACGAACAGUAUCAGCACGAGAGCGCCGGCCCCGGUGGGAAGAAGGGCAAGUGCGAGAGAUCGCCCAACGUGUUGGUGGACCACCUUGAGGGCCACGAGAGGGGACGCAUGAUCGUCUGGCGGCUGGCCCAGAAGGAGUUCGUCUACGAUGCCUGGGUUUACCUCAUGGCUGGGGUGCGCCAUACGCACGCACACACACACGAAGGCACACACACAGUGCACACGACGAUGAAGCAUGUGCGUGUUGUGAGCGCAGGGUCGCGAGGGUCUUGGCCCCGCCAUGUUUUCUAAGGCGCUGACGUACCGCCAUCAGGUGCUGCACUCACAGGAGCUCAAAACAGGCGCGUGCUGAGCUGGCGGCCUGGCGCACCGGAAGAAGGAGACAGACAGGCAGAGAGAAUGUGCC